GCAGUCUCGCCGGAGCGUCCGUCCGUCCGCCAAGCUGGGAGGAUCUGUCCCGCGUCGCGGCGACGAGUCGCGGUGAUCGGGAUUGCCGUCCGGCUCCGUCCGGCUCCUGCGUCUGGCUGUCCCUUGGUCUCGUGUCCGCCAGAUCGACUCCGCGUGCGAUGGCCACAGAGGGAGCCUCCACGCCGGGCGGGGUGAGGCCGGCCUCCAGCAGCGAGGAGCAGCAGCAGCAGGAGCAGCAACAGGAGCAGCAGCAGGAGCAGCAGCAGGAGCAGGUGGCCUCCUCCACGGCCAAGCAGGCGCCGGCGAAGGGCAACGCGAGCGAGUCGACCCCCGCGGCAGCGGCAAAGGCCCAGGCCCAGGCCCGGGCGAGCAAGAAGGCCAAGGGUGCCGCGUCGGCGAUGGCGUGCAAGGUGGCGCUGCUGGAUGGCGCGCAGUACGAGUGCGAGGUGGAGAAGCACUCUAAGGGGCAGGUGCUCUUCGACAAAGUGUGCGACCACCUCAACCUCCUGGAGAAGGACUACUUCGGCCUGGCCUUCCAGGAUGCCCACGACCACAAGAAUUGGUUGGAUCCUGCCAAGGAUAUUAAAAAGCAGGUCGGAAAUGGGCCGUGGGCGUUUUCCUUCAAUGUGAAGUUCUAUCCGCCGGACCCGUCGCAGCUCACGGAGGACAUCACUAGGUACUACGUGUGCCUGCAGCUGCGUCAGGACGUGUCGUCGGGGCGGCUGCCGUGCUCGUUUGUGACGCUGGCGCUGCUGGGCUCCUACGCGCUGCAGGCCGAGCUGGGCGACCACGAGGCCGAUGAGCACGGCGCCGACUAUGUGGCCUCCUCGGGCUUCCGCUUCGCGCCGGCGCACUCCCACGAGCUGCUCGAGAAGAUCGCCGAGCUGCACAAGACCCACCGGGGACAAACCCCGGCUGAGGCUGAGCGCCACUUCCUGGAGAACGCCAAGAAGCUGUCCAUGUACGGCGUGGACCUGCACCAGGCCAAGGACUCGGAGGGGGUGGACAUCACGCUGGGCGUCUGCUCGAGCGGCCUGCUCGUCUACAAGGACCGUCUGCGCAUCAACCGCUUCCCCUGGCCCAAGAUCCUCAAGAUUUCCUACAAGCGCAGCAACUUCUACAUCAAGAUCCGGCCGGGAGAGCUCGACCAGUUUGAGAGCACCAUCGGCUUCAAGCUGCCCAACCACCGCGCCGCCAAACGCCUCUGGAAGGUGUGCGUGGAGCACCACACCUUCUUCCGGCUGGUGACCCCGGAGCCGGCGCCCAAGGGCCGCUUCCUCACGCUGGGCUCGCGCUUCCGCUACUCGGGGCGCACGCAGGCGCAGACGCGCGCCGCCAGCUCGCAGAUCGACCGCCCCGCGCCACACUUCACUCGCUCCGCCAGCAAGCGCUACACCGUGUCCAGCUCGCUCGACGGAGCGCCGGGCGGGGGCAGCCAGGACGGCUCCUCGUGGGGUCUCGACGACGAGCCUCCGCCCCCCACCGCUGACCCCCGCAACUCCGUGGGGGGCGAGCGCCACGCCGUCAACUCCGUCGCCGCCGUCACCACCGUCACCGCCACAACUGUGACCGGCGGGGCCGCCCUCGCCGCGACGGCGGGCGGGAACGUCGCCGAUCGGGCGGAGAAGACGGACGGCGGUAACGACGGCGGCGGCGACGACGUUGUUGGCGGCGGCGUCGGCCGUGACGACGACAACAAAGAGGAAACCUCCGUCCAGAGCUCGGAGGCGCAGGGGGAGGAGGUGAAGAGAAGGCCUAAGAAAGCAGACGGAGAAAACAUUUAUAUCAGGCAUAGCAGGCUAAUGUUAGAGGAGCUGGAGCGCCGGCCGGACGAGCUGCUGCUCAAGCGGCAGGCGAGCCUCAGCGAGCUCAAGCGCUCCUUCCUGGAGUCGCGGCCCGACGGCGCGGCCGGCGCCAUGACGGCGCCGCCGGCCGGCGGCUGGGACAUCCGCCUGCAGGAGCCGUCGCCCGUGCACCGGCACGGCCAGCCCGGCACGGAGGAUGAUGAGGAGGAGGAGGAUUAUUGGGCACAGCUGCCCGAGGAGCCCGCGCCCUCGAGCGCGCCCAGCGGCCAGCCACACGAGGUGGCCACGGCGGCGCCGGGCGACGCGGCGUGGGCGGAGCGGCCCCUGGGCCCGCACCCGCGGGACCCCCCCGCCCAGUUUGCGGACGAGCUGCUCGUAGAGAUCUCGCAGAGGAUAGAGAAGAAGGAGGAGGAAGGCUCCAGGGCGGAGGCAGCGCAGCCUCAGCGGCAGCCGCAGCACCAGCCACAGCCGCAGCAGCAGCAGCCGCAGCAGCAGCAGCAGCAGCAGCAGCCGCUGCAGCAGCAGCAGCCGCAGCAGCAGCCACAGCAGCCGCAGCAGCAGCAGCGAAUGAGCAGCAGCAGUUCGGUGUCGAUGUCGCGGGUCGUCUACAAGACGGUGGUGAUCACCGGCGAGCCCGACCUGCUCAAGGGCUCCUCCGACGAGAAGGACGACUCAUCCUCCUCGGGCGGCGGUGGCGACGGCGACACUCGCACCGGGCCCUGCGUCCAGACGGCUCCCUCGUCGGGCGGCAGGAGGAGCGGGGAGGAGGAGGAGGAGAGAGCAAAGACGGAGAAGAGAGCGGCGGCGGAGGAGGAGGUCGUCGGACGCGUGGCCGCCCCGCCCCGAGCGGUUCCCCACCACGGGGCCGAGGCGACGGGCGCAGGCGAGGCCCAGGCUUCGGGCGGGGCACCCGGGGAGGAGGCCGAGGGGGCCGCGGGGGACGUCGACUUCCUGGAGAGGGAGAUGAUGAAGGUGGCCGUGGCGCUGAGGAAGGGGGCGGCCGGUGGGCACGGCGACGAGGGGAAGCCCAAAGCCAACGGGGCCGACGCGUCCGAGUCGGAGACCAGCGAGUCGGAGGAGGAGCGCGGAUUUGAGCCACCUCUGAUCGCCACGGAGAGCGUGAGCUUCAGCGAGGUGUCGCACACGGGGAGGGCGGACUUCUCCACCACGGACGUUCCCAUCGUGCACACGCACACCAAGACCAUCACCUACGCGGCCACGCAGGAGGGGCGCGGAGGCGAGGCAUCCGAGUCGAGUGUCUUGCCGGAAAUGGCCGGCUUCUCGGCAGAGUCCGUUGCCACCACGACCACCACGCACAUCACCAAGACGGUGAAGGGAGGCAUCUCAGAGACGCGCAUCGAGAAGCGCAUCGUCAUCAUGGCCGACACCGACAUCGACCAUGACCAGGCCCUGGCCCAGGCAAUCCGCGAGGCCAAGGAGCAGCACCCCGACAUGGCGGUCACCAAGGUGGUCGUGCACAAGGAGACGGACGUCUCGAUCGAGGACGACGACGACGACGAGGAGCAGCAGCAGCGCCCCUGAGGGCCGCUGCCCCACACCCCCCUCCCUGCCCAGCGGCUGGCAGGAGGGGUGGAGCCACGGGGCCGUGGGGAGGUCACCCCGCGAGCGUCGCGCCACAGGAACCACUCCCGUGCCGCAGCGGCGGCCCCCGCCACACGCCAGGGGGACGUCACCCACCCUCGGCGCCGCUGUUGCCCGCGGUUGCUGGCGCCCAUUCCGCCGCCCCUGACUCGCACCACGCUUCACGAUUUGUGUUUGUUUGUUUCUCUCUCGCUCUUGAUCUCAGAUUAUUAUUAUUUUUUUACGUUGUCUGUUAACGUUUUGCUUUUUAUUCCGUUCGCUCGUGCGCGUUUUUAAUCGUGCGCGCGGGAAAGGAAAAAUAAAACCUCGCAAAGGGGCCUCCUGCCAAAAUCCCCACAGCCUGGGAGGCUGCCGCAAGUUUCUAACUGCCUUGGGGGGCUGCCGCGAGUUUCUAAUGGACUUGGGUGGCUGCCGCGAGUUUCUAACGGCCUCGCGCUCCUUCGGUCUGGAGCCACCGGCUCUCCACCGUACAUCUCGGAUGAUAACGUCUUUAACCGGCCACGAUGAACGUUUUUUGUAUUUUUCUUAUUUUAAAUCUUCGCUAAAAGACCAACACCGCUCGCUGUCUCUCAGCCUGAUGAGAGGUUGCUGCUGCUGCUGCAUUCUUCAGCGUUGGAAGUGGCGGUGGUUGCUCUCCUGCUUCCCCGUGGCGAACCAGCCUUCACUUCCAGGGGUAACUGCUGGCCUGUGCUUAACAACAGCAAGAACUAAACUUGUUUUAGUUUUACCAGGUAAGGCCCACUGAGCUGUGCAGCUCUUGUCAGAAGCUGCCUUGGCCACAAAUGAGAGCUCGACGAAGCGGCUCAGCGUCGCAUGGACAUGUAUGUCGGCCAAACACCCUGUGAAUGCACGUCGAUUCUAAAUGUGGCGGGGGGAAAGCUGGAGUUGCUGGCGAAAAAUCGACACGACCGCGGGGAGAGAGAGAGAGAGAGACACCGCAAACUUCAAAUAUGCGUCAGGGGUCGGGAUCGAACCCAUGUGGACGUCGCACAAGCCCGGCUUGCCGUGGCCACGGGAGCCGACGGAACUGGUCGUUUUAUUUUGUACCUUCCUGAAGCUUCCUUGUCUCUCUCUUCCUCUCUCUCUCUUCACAAAAACCCGCCCCAACGGCGCGACCCCACGCUCGGGGGACGCAGUUCCGUUCCGCCCCCCUCGCCCCCCCCCUCGCCCUCCCCCGUCGAAGUGAGAUGGAGGCCAAGCGAAUGGGGGCUCCCACUGGAGGGGGGGUGGGCUGCUCGUGAAUUGAAACAGAAUUCGGAAUCUUUGUUUAUCCUGGAUGGAAAUCCGAUGAGCUUUGAAGCUCUUUCCCCCCUCGCCCCCCCCCCCCCCCCCCCCACAGAUAUCCAGGUCGGGUUGCACGGGGUCAGAAUGUUACGGCAGCACUCGGUAGACAAAACACAACCAUGGGAAGUAUAGAGAAGGGGAAGAAAAUCGCAACGAAAAAUGUUUUUACUCUUUUUAUUUUACCAGGUAUGGCGCCACUGAGCUCUUCAGUGACUCCUCAACUUACGAACAUUCGACUUGCGAACUUUCAGAUAUGCGAACAAACCUGUCCGCAUGUCCAGUUGCCUGUUUGGACCAAGAGUCGUAAGUUCAACCGCUGCGCAAUAGACGGCGGUAGUGGCAUCUACGUCUGCAGGAGAUUAUACAACUUGUAAAGUCAUUCCCCGUGUUAGGUGUACACGCCGUACAACAAUGUUUGGAAUCGACAGGAGUAGAGUUUGGACUUACGAACAAAUCGAUUUACGAACAGACCUCUCGAAACCUAACUCGUUCGUAAGUCGCAGAGACCCUGUAUGUAUCUAUUUUUUUCAGAGGUGGCCUGGUCACAAAUGAUAGUUUAACCAAGCGGCUUAUCAUCACGCGGGAAAAUGUACGGUGGCCAAAGACCCUGGACGCGUGGCGUUGAUUCUGAACGACGGAGGGGGGGGGGACGGGUGCGGCGUCGCUGGCUCCUGCCGUGGCUUGCCGACGAGGCCGAUCGGAGCUCGCGUUGUGACCGUGUCGCACUGUUUUUGGCCAAUACCAAUUCUACUCUGUGUGGGUUUAGCUAUGGGAGGAAACCCGUGCAGAAUAGGGGGGAGAGGCUACACACAGCAAGGCACCCGUGUCGGGAAUCGAACCCAGGUCCCUCUUGCCAUGAGGCACGAGUGUUACCAGCGCCGCCACCACGGUGGUGUCCACACACCCGCGUGGAGCUGCAGGCCCGUGAUGAUGACGACGUUGGAGAGGCUUCAUUAGAGGCUGCCGUUGCGUAAGAGAUGGGAAUUAGUUGGCAGUUCCCUAUGGGGCGAUGUAACCUAAACCCUCGUGUUCCAGUCACGUGGGUUCAUAGUAGUGGCCGCGCGACGUUCGGCGCGCUGAGGUCCGACGUUUCGCUCCGCGUGCCCGGGGAGGUCCUUCGGGAUAUGAAUGUCCGCGUUCGGUCGAAACGUCGGGGGACGUCGCGCCGAGCGAGACGCGGCACGACCCGGAGGGCGACGCGGCGGCACGGCCGCGAAGCCCAACGGCCUGGACUCGAACCACGUUCACCAACUUGCAGGCUACCGCUGUGUGUACCACGGCGUGUACCGCUGUGUGUGCCGCUGUGUGUGUACCGCUGUGUGUGUACCGCUGU